GAAAUUUCAUCCACGUACAAGCUCUCAAGAAGGAAAAAUAAUGAAGUGCAAAUGCAUUUCAUUGAUUGGAGUGGAGGGACCUACGAAGCAACUAAAAUCAGAAUCAACUUCUUCGCUCCAGUCGGCCAUCACCGAGAACAGCAGCAACAAGAUAGCAACGAAGAAAAGAAAUACAACAGAACAAGAGUGGCACUAUUCACACAAAGAAAUUGAGAACCUGGCAAUCGCAUCUGAUGAAGACUGAAGUAAUAUCAUAGCAAAAUAAUUACUUAUCAACAUCUUCAUUUCAGAAUUUUUAUGCUUUAGCCCCUUUUCCUACUACUAUAUAAAGGGUCAUCGUGGAGCUGCAAGAGACACGAAUUUGGAGAGAAAUCUUCUUCCUCUUUUCUUUAGCUUUGUUCAUAGUAGUAGUCAUAUAAUAAAAGUGAUUCUGUCAAGAACACUUUCUGUAAAUUUCAGUUCGUAAUUUCCAUUUCCAGAAUUUUAGUUCUUUAAUUUCAACAAUCAAGUUCAUUUGGGAAGUAUCAGCCAGAAUCAUUCUCAGCUUAAGGAUUUCACUUUCUCUAUUCCAUCUCAUUAUUUAUGCCAUCAGGGUGAAUUGAAGGAUUUGGAAGAGUCAAAAGCUUUGAACCCUUCUUCUAGAUUUUCUGGAAAUUUAAUUCCUAGCUAUAGCCUGAGAUUGAUUCUUCGAAUUCCAUCCAUCACAUACGAAGUAUAUCCUUUUAUACUUCAUGUUAGAAUAAGAUGGGAUGAAUUACGAAGACACUUGAAAAACAGCACAGCAGGGGCGGCAAGAGUUCUCACUCGUAGAAGUAUGGGUCAAGAGAUGCUAAUUCCAAGAUUAUCAUUGACUCCAUCUGAUGUCAGACUUCCCUUCAAGUUUCAGCGGAGACAAUUUCCUAUCAUGGUUGCUUACGCCAUGACGAUAAAUAAAAGUCAAAGGUCUUCAGGAUCAGUUUUAUUUCUUCCAUCCCUCGAGCUUCUCUCUCGUCGAGCAAAAUAAUGCUUCCAUGUGCAAAAUAGUGGACCUUUUGACGAACAAGGAGAUUGGUCGGGGCCAUGAACGUGGUGGUCUUUAUGUUGUAUCCAGUUCCGGAUCUACACCUACUAUACUAUCUAUUUCGUCCGAGACAUGGCACUACCGUCUCAGCCAUCCUUCUCCUACUGUUUUUAAACACUUAUCCCCUAUUUUGGGUUGUUCCCCUUUUAAUGACUUGUGUCAUUUUUGUCAUAUUUCUAAACAAACGUGUCUCCCCUUCCCCACUCAUUACACUAGUACUACUGCUUGCUUUGAAUUAAUUCACGUUGAUAUUUGGGGGAAAUAUUCUACCCCUACACGUACUAAUCAUUGUUAUUUUCUCA